AAAAGAAGAAAAUGCGCCCAGAUAUCCCGGGAAAUUCGCAUUGAAAUGGUUGAAAGCUUCAGUUGGCCAUAAGCAGCAUGGAGUGCUCCUGAAUGCCCCAAUUAUUGUUUUGGCAUGCUUUUAAUGUUCUUCUGCUGGAGGCUGACAGAAGCCAGAAGCCAUUCCCGAGUAAAGGGGGGCUGUCGUGGCGAGACCACCGCGUCAGUUCGACAACUGUGUAAACUUGUCUUGCGGUGUCCUCUUGAAAGAUCUGUCCGACCAUCCACUUGUGUGGCAGGGAAGAGGAGCCGUCUCGGUGGGUGGACGAGCCGACCGGGAGGGAGUCGUGCCUCAUUCUCACGAAGUGCUGAAAGCUAAUAAAGCUAUUUUGAAAGUGACCCUGCAGUGGGGAAGAGGACAGAGCCAAGCAAGCAGCUGUCAGGAAUCAUGACUGAAAAUGACGGAGUCGGUGGUUGUGGAGGGACACGUCAGGUUGAGAGACGGAAAAAAAUGGAAGAGUAGGUGGGUCGCGCUAAGGAAGCCCUCCCCCGUAGCAGACUGCCUUUUGAUGCUUAUUUACAAAGACAAGUCAGAUAAAGCUAAAGGACACAAAGAAAGGAGCAGCGUGACGUUAGAAGACAUCUGUGGCCUGGAUCCUGGACUCUCAUAUGAAGGUGUUAGUCACACUCUGGCUAUUAUAUGUUUAACUCAGACAGUAAUGCUCGGAUUUGAAAGCAAGGAAGCAAUGUAUGCUUGGGACUUACGAAUUCGCUAUAGCCUUGGUGAAGUUCAUAGAUUUAACGUAGCCGUGUUACCUGGUACAAAAUUGGAGAGUGGAUCUGCAGUGCUACAUUUAUGUAACAAUCUUCUGGUCAUUGUGAGAGACAUUCCACCAGGAAUUAUUGGACAGUGGAAGCUUUCAGACCUCAGGCGUUAUGGAGCAGUCCCUAAUGGCUUUGUCUUUGAGGGAGGCACACGAUGUGGUUAUUGGGCUGGUGUUUUCUUUCUCUCCUGUGCUGAAGGGGAACAGAUCAGUUUUCUGUUUGACUGUAUAGUUCGUGGCAUUUCCCCAACGAGAGGCCCCUCUGGACUACGGCCAGUCCUACCAGAUCCCAAUAUUAAUCCAGCAUACAUGGAAGAUAGGAUUACACAUGAAGCUCUGGAACUUGAAAAGCGCCUCAGCUUGUUAUCCCAUUCAAGUAGGCAGAGCAGUGCUGGAGAUGACAGAAGUUUGUCCAGUUCAUCAUCCGACACAAGCCACUCAGAUACCAGCACUGGUAGCAGAUUGACAAUCUGGCCUGAGCCUGCAAUAGGCAGCACUACUUCAGUGGAAACUCAUGGACUUGCCACAGUUAAAAGCAUGAAUCCUGCAGAGGAAAAAUUAUAUGCUGAAGUUCUGCGUGUUUCUAAGCCACCACCGAAGCCCCCACGUUCCAGGAAACUGCAGGAAAUUGGCCGUCAGAGUUCUUCAGAUAGUGGAAUUGCUACUGGAAGCCAUUCCUCUUAUUCUGGAAGUUUCUCUUCCUAUACUGGCAGCCUGGACAUCUGCCCUGGUGAUGAAUAUGGAUCAUUACUUAGCCUGCCACUGAACCUUGCUUCAGAUCAGAGUUUGUGCAGUUGUCAACACCCUGAGCCUCAGAGGGGUUUAGGAUCUGAGUAUCAAGUUCCCAGUAUUUGCAGGAAUUUGUAUGACACACCUCGGAGUUUACUACAUUCACCUUCUACCAGGGAAAUGCUUUGCAAGAACUUGGAUUCUACUUUAGUAAAGGACCAGUCCUCCACCACAGUUCUUCAUGGUAUGGCUGACACAAAAAUAACAACAAUCCACCAAAGUCCUGACAGAAGACUGACAGCAUCUUCUAGCCAUAAAAGUUCCAGAGACUCGGAUGAAACAUAUGUAGAUUUUGUUCCAAGGUGGACAGCUGCAAAGCCACAGGGACAGGUGCUGGAAUGUGAAAGUGGUGAGACAGCAGCAUCUACUAGUGCUUCAGCAGACCCCUGUGAAAUAUGCAGUCCACAGCCAGGAAUACCAAGAGCUUUGUUUUCUUCCUGUGCCGUCUGUGGAGGACUAAAGGGAACAACACUGUCACAUUCUGGAGUCUUACCUGCACCAGCGGUAUCUGAUAAGAAAGCCAGAAAAAAGGAAGAUAAAACUAAGACAGAUCAGACCUAUGAAGUUAUGGAAGGGCGGGGGACAGAUAGGCCGAGUGAGAAGGAGGGCUAUGAACUAAUGGCUGCCUGUGGUCAACAGAAAACUGGCCAUGCAGCAGAAGAUCCACGAAGAACCUAUGAGCUGAUGAUCUCCGCAGCUGAAAUUCCAAAGACAUGUGAUAUAGGCUCAUCUGCUGAACAUGCAGGUAUAUUUACAUACCCAAUGGACCUGCUGAUACCAGAAAAGCCUCGUGGUGACGGAAUUACCUACGUCAAUAUUCCUGUCAGCCCUGCGUCAAAGAAGCAGCUUCAUUAUAUGGAAUUAGAACUUCAGGAAUCUGGUUCUGGUGUUAGAGGUGGCGGCACCACUAAAUAUGCUCACAUAGACAUUACUGCAACAGAAACAGCUCAUAAAGUUGGAACACAGCAUGCUCAGUUUAGAGAAGAACGUCUGCAAGAACUUGAACAGAAAAAGCGAGGGGCAUUGCAGUGAACUAAUUGUGGAAGACCUUCUCCUUGAACAGGACUUUACCAGACAUCCGGCAUUUACCAUAUUGUCUUCAUAACAAUUUAGAAUCUUAGACAAAGGCUUUGUAGUUAAUCCUAAUUUAUGACUGUUCCAUUCCAACAAUUUUAUAGAACAGUUUUCAACAUAUGGACUGAUGAAACAAAAUAGUAACAAAUAGACUAAAAGAAAUAUUGGUCAAUGUCUACUCUAGAAAUGCUGUUGUGUAAACUUAUAUGCAGUGAUAACUUCAAUAGCUUUUUGAUAACAAAUUGUAAAUUAUGUUUACAAACAAGAAGUUACAGCUUUCAUAAAUAGCCAUGUGAACAAUUUACAUUUUAUACCUCCUGUCAUUACCAGUCUUACUAAAAUAGGACAUUUCUACAACUGUACUCAGUACUGUAUAAGCAGGCGCUUGUUGUUUAAAAAUGCAGAAGACUGGAAUGGAUGCAGGAAAAUAUUUACCACUCCCUAUAUUUUAAUGAAGUCCUAAGUUAGCUAGUCAUACAAAAGCCUGCCUACUCUGGCAUCACUCAAAACAUGUUUAUAUACAAUCUCAUCAUAGUGCUUUACAUGUACAGUAUUCUUUCACAGAAAUGUAUACUUUAGGAAGGUCUGUCCUAAACUGAUUAAGUAACAAGCACGGGAAAUUGCAAGAUAUAGCCAUGGUGGAGCUACAGUGUUACUGUAUCUAAUCCAACAUCUUUGCCAGUAUAAUAUAUACCACUGUAAAAAGAAUCAUGCGACCAAUUAUAGAAGCAUAUAUAUAUAUAUAAAAAGUAACUUAUGCUUUUAAAAUCAAAAAUUUGCAAAGUAAAAAUAUUUUCUCAGUUAUGAUUCUAUUCACCACGAACAAAGAUUAAUGCAUAAGAAGACUUAAUAAAUAGAAAGCAUUUCAAUCAUUUCUCAUUGAGUGUAUUUACAUGCACUUUAAUUACCUGGUUAUUCACAGAAACUGGUUUGGAAACAGCCAUCUACACCCUUAUUCCGGUUAGAGAAAUCAGUAUAUUGGCCUCUGAGAAGCCGGUUUAACACACGUAGAUUACUCCACGAGUAACCCUUGUGUGGCCAUGUAAACCCCUAACCAGGUUACAGUGAAGGGCCUUGUAGUCUGCACAUGUGUUAGCUUUGCAAACUGUUUCAGCAGCCGUUGGUCGAAAAUGGCAGAGUCAUCUACAAAAUAAAUUUCCUGAGGCAAAUUUUUAGGGGAUUGUUUUAUUUCUUCCCCUUGCUAAAAUAAUUUGUUUCAAUAUUUCAGAAAUCAAUCGAUUUACGUUGAGGAGCGGAAUGUACAGUGCUAAACUCAGCAGCACAGUCUCGGGAGACUCAGGCUCCAUACUUGUUAUCAAAUUCAUGGUGGCUGUUGGUAAAGUUUCAACAUUUUUACACAGUUUAAUGAUGUUGGAGUGUUUUGCCAAGAGAGAACUCCGUAAGUUAAUGUUUUUUUUUUGUUUUU